ACCAUCAGUUUCCAGUCUCUCGGGAUUCGAUUGUUUUGAACCAUGAAUUCCCUGAUCUUUUCCGCUGUUCUUUGCGUCGUUGUAGCGGACACUCGCAAUGGCUUCGGAGCGCCCUCUCCUCCCAGCAACGGCUAUGCGCCCCCAAGUAACACCUAUGGCACGCCCAAUGGUGGCUACGGAGUAGACCCUGAGAUUGCCGCUUUGGCCGAGAACAUUCCCGGGGGCGGUGUCCCCGGCGAGGACUACCCCAUCUUGGCUUCCGUGCCCGACACCAGCUUCUCGUGUGAUGCCCAGGCGGUGCAAGGUUAUUACGCCGACACUCAAGCCGGUUGCCAGGUGUUCCAUAUCUGCCAAGACCGUGCCCUCAGGCGCCAACAGGACUCCUUCCUGUGCCCCAACGGUACCAUCUUCAACCAGCAGUACCUGGUAUGUGACUGGUGGUUCAACGUGGACUGUUCUCAAGCUGAGAGCUUCUACUCCGUCAACGAACUCAUCGGAGUCGUUCCCAGCACUGGCUAUGCUUACGCUGCCGCCACCAAUGGUCUUGCCAUUGGCGACGGCAACGGAUAUGGAAAUGGAAGGAAAUGAUAUGGCAGAUGUGAAAGUCAAAAGGGCGACGGCAGUUUUAGCUUCCUAUGGAGCUAUUCUCUAGCGGACCUCACAACAUUAAUACUGUAAAUAUGUCUAAGUAGUUAUUUAUUAAUUAUUCAUUAUUCAUUAAGCAAUAAUGCCGGAUUAACUUGAUGCUCCUGCUUUGUCUGUAUUUUAUAUAUGGUUGUACUCAAUCUAAUAAAAAUAAUAUGGAUAGUUACA